AUGUAAAAAAUUCCUUAAUUAUGUAAAUUAUUCGUUUAUAUAGAAACUAGAGAUUUCUCGAUAUUUUCUCCUAUAAUUAGAAGAAUAAAUUCUAAACAACAUUGUAGUGUUAAUAAUCUUUAUUGUUAAUAAUUUAAUAUUCAGCAUCAUAGACAAAGAUAAUCAAAUUUAUCUUUACCUCAUUUAAUAAGAAUUCCAACUCUCGAAUAAAAUUAUCAAUACUUUUAAGAUUUAAGUGAAAAGAAUAUCAGAAGUUAUCUCUAACCAUUAAGAAAUGCAGUCGCUAAAAUUACAGAAAAGAGAUAAGAACAAUUAUACAGACGUAAAUCAACUUAUGGAUAAUUAUUUGGUGAAUUAACUAAAAAAGAAAUGUGUAAUCUUCCUACUCUUAUAGAAUAACAUAAAUAAUAUAACAAAAAAGAAUUAGCAUUAACAAGUUUUGCUUUGAUGUUAGAAAGAAAAUAACGAAAAAAAACAACCAGAAAACUUUCUAAAAAAUUAUCAAAAUAAGAAUCAAUUAUCGGUAAUACAUAAUCUAUUAUAUUAGAAUUUGAUAAUAUGGAGAGACCACCAUCUUGUGUUACUCCACCAAAAUCUAUUUAGAUACCUAUUAAACCUAAAUUAAAAACAAAAAUUUAAUUGGAAAAAGAAAAAUAUUUAAAAGACCAAGAUUUUAAAAUGGGUCACUUUUUAACAGGGAGAUUAUAAUAAAAUAAAAAAUCAUAACAAGAACUCAAUAAUAAGAUUAGAUACCAUUGUCCAACAUAAUCUUGUGCUUCUCUACAAAAUGGAUAACUAAGUUCUUUUACUUCAUCUCCAAAAGUCUUAGCAACUAUCAAAUCAAAUACUUUGACUGUUAUCUAAGAUUUUAAACCAAAAUCAAAAAAAACAUUAACAAAUACAUUUACACAAACAUUAACAUAAACAUUUAGACCUUAUGCAAAACAUAAUACAUUAUUGUUAAAAAAUAUUUAGUAGAUUUCUGUAAUUAAAACUAGUAUUGGAUCAAAAAAAAAUUCUAAUAAAAAUAGUAAAAUUAUAUUUGAAAGCAAUUAAUAUCUAUAUUGA